AUGAAUGAUCAAAUAAGUGAAGCUGGACUAAAUAAAAAACGAAAACAUAAAGAGAAAAAGAAAAAUGUAAUAAAAAUUAAGAAAGCUAAAGGCAUUGAACAUAUUAACCAUAAAAAAGAUAUUCAGAAAAAGUGGAACGGCAUUAGAAACACUUACAGUGCAGAAAGGAGGAAGAUUUUAGACUCACAGAAAAGUGGUGCUGGAGUAAGUGAGAUAUAUGUUCCAAAACUGUGGUACCACCACAAACUCCAAUUUUUAAAUGAAUAUUUAACAACUAGGAAGCCAGUUUCAUCAUUCGAAAUUAAUGAAGGAGCAAGUACUUCAAGCCAAGAUGUGGGUACUUCAAGCCAAGAUGUGGAAUAUGAACUAGGUGAUGAUGACAUGCUAUCACCGCUUCCAAAUACACUAACAGAUUGGAAGUCCAAAAGGAAAGCGAAAGCAGCUUCCUUAAGAAAGGCACAACAAAAGACUGGUGCUGGUUCACCCCAGCAACCUCUUUUAUCCACAUUAGAGAAUAGACUAUUAAGUAUUAUGGGGGUCACUGCUGUCAUUGGUAAUGAGUCUGUAUUCGAAUUAGGUUUUGGAGAGAACCAGGUAGAUGAAACUCCAACCAACCAGCCCAGCACUUCUCGUACCAAUUCGGAAAAAGAUGGAGGAGGUAAUAAAAGCGUUAAAAGAAAAUUAGACUACCAGAAUAAUACGGGAACUAAUAAAAAAACAUUUCGACGCAGGCCAAUGACAGUUCCAUUAUCAAAUGAACUAUUGGAUCUUAAUAGAUAA